AGUCUUUGUCAUUCAUCUUUGUAUUAGAUUAUGAGUUGUCUAUAAAUUUAAAUUGUUGAACUGUUUUUUUAUUAUCUUUGUCGAUAAUUGUGCUAAUUAACCUUUCGCACUUUGAUAAUUUACUGUCUGUGUGAAUUUACGUUUUUUUUUCUUAAGCGAAAAUCAUCGAUUCAUUUUUUGUUCUUUUUGACUAAUCGAUUGCUCGCUGUUCCAUUGUUUCAUUUUCGAACCCGGUUGUUUAAAGGAAGUUGAUUAUUCUUUCUCUCUUUGAACUUAAAUACUUUACAACCCAGCCCUUUUUUUUGAUUCGUUUAAUUGUUUAAUAUUGUAGUUAAUUGAUUUUCAUCAUCCAACGUAAUUUUUAUUAACUAAUUUGAAAUGUCUGGAAAAGCUCCUGCUAUUGGUAUUGAUUUGGGUACCACUUACUCUUGUGUCGGUGUCUUUCAACAUGGUAAGGUUGAAAUUAUCGCUAAUGAUCAAGGUAAUCGAACUACUCCUUCCUAUGUCGCUUUCACUGAUACCGAAAGAUUGAUUGGAGAUGCUGCAAAAAAUCAAGUAGCUAUGAAUCCAUCAAACUCUGUCUUUGACGCUAAACGGUUAAUUGGAAGGCGUUUCGAUGAUCCCAUGGUUCAAAGUGACAUGAAACACUGGCCUUUUAAGGUAGUCUCAGUUGAUGGUAAACCUAAAAUUCAAGUAGACUUUAAGGGUGAAACCAAAACUUUCUUCCCUGAAGAAAUUUCAUCAAUGGUUCUUACCAAAAUGAAGGAAACUGCUGAGGCUUACCUUGGUAAACCAGUCAGUAAUGCUGUUAUCACAGUCCCUGCCUACUUCAAUGACUCUCAAAGGCAAGCGACCAAGGAUGCUGGUACUAUUGCUGGUCUCAAUGUUAUGCGAAUUAUCAAUGAGCCAACUGCUGCCGCUAUCGCUUAUGGUUUGGACAAAAAAGGCUGUGGAGAACAAAAUAUUUUGAUCUUUGACCUUGGUGGUGGUACAUUUGAUGUAUCUAUUCUUACCAUUGAAGAUGGUAUAUUUGAAGUCAAGUCAACUGCUGGUGAUACUCAUCUUGGUGGUGAAGAUUUCGAUAAUCGAAUGGUAAAUCAUUUCAUUGAAGAAUUCAAAAGGAAACACAAGAAAGAUAUCAUUGCAAACAAACGUGCUGUUCGACGAUUGCGUACUGCUUGUGAGAGAGCAAAGCGAACUCUUUCAUCCUCUUCUCAAGCUAGCAUUGAAAUUGAUUCACUUCACGAGGGAGUUGACUUUUACUCUACCAUAACUCGAGCUCGAUUCGAAGAAUUGUGUUCAGAUCUUUUCAGAUCAACCCUUGAACCCGUUGAAAGAGCUCUUCGUGAUGCAAAAUUAGACAAAAGUCAAAUUAAAGAGAUUGUCCUUGUUGGUGGUUCUACUCGUAUCCCUAAAAUUCAAAAGCUUCUUCAAGAUUUCUUCAAUGGAAAAGAAUUGAACAAAAGUAUCAAUCCCGAUGAAGCAGUUGCCUACGGUGCUGCUGUCCAAGCUGCUAUUUUAAGUGGUGACAAAGAUGAAUCUGUUCAAGAUUUACUUCUUCUUGAUGUAACUCCUUUGUCUUUGGGUAUUGAAACUGCUGGAGGUGUAAUGACCCCAUUAAUCAAGAGAAACACUACCAUUCCUACAAAGCAAUCCCAAAUCUUUACCACCUACUCAGACAACCAACCCGGUGUAUUGAUUCAAGUAUAUGAAGGUGAACGUGCUAUGACCAAGGAUAACAAUUUACUUGGUAAAUUUGAACUCUCAGGUAUCCCCCCUGCACCUCGAGGUGUACCACAAAUUGAGGUUACCUUUGAUAUUGAUGCCAAUGGUAUCUUGAAUGUAUCUGCUGUUGAUAAGAGCACCGGACGUGAGAAUAAGAUCACAAUCACCAAUGACAAGGGACGAUUAUCCAAAGAGCAAAUUGAAAAGAUGGUCCAAGAAGCUGAAAAGUACAAGGAUGAUGAUGAAAAGGUUAAAGAUCGUGUAUCCGCUAAAAAUGCUUUAGAAAGUUACUGUUUCAGCAUGAAAUCAUCAAUGGAAGAGUCUAGUGCCGGAGGUAAAAUCUCUGAAGACGAUAAAAAGAAAAUCAUGGACAAAGUCGAUGAAGUCAUCAAAUGGUUAGAUGCUAAUCAACUUGCCGAGAAGGAAGAAUUUGAACACAAACAAAAAGAAUUGCAAGAAGUUUGCAAUCCAAUAGUAACAAAAAUGUACCAAGGUGCAGGAGGAGCUCCCGGUGGAAUGCCUGAUUUCGGUGCUGCCGCUGGUGCUGCUGGUGCCGGAGCCGGAGCGGGUGCUGGUGCAGGUGCUGGAACAGGAACUGGUAGUGGACCAACUAUCGAGGAAGUUGAUUAAUUUAAAAUGCAACUUUGUUAGUCAGAUCUGAUUGAUUCCAGUGGUACUCUAUGAGGUUACAUACUUUAUUUAUAAAUGGUACACACUUAAAAUUGAAAAAUCAAAUUCAUAAAACUAUCAUGAUAAUAUUCAUAAAAUUGAAACCCCGAUUGAAAUUAAUCAUUAAUAAAUUCGUGAAAGAAUUGAUUUUUACCACUA